AUGGCGGUCUUCCGUGCACAAGAUCCGGCGUGGACUGGCGACCUGGAUGCUUGGGCCUUGACGGACUGCGAUAGGGCCACCCUCCAUUAUGACGGCAUUUGUUCGCGUUGCUAUCGAAAGGAUGAGAAACGUGGCCCCGACGAGCCUUACUUCUUCUCUGCGGAAAACCAGCUCGACUUUGGCCCCGUACCGACCCGAUUGCCCGAGCUCACACCUACCGAAGAGGCAUUGAUUGCUCGUGUCCAUGUCCACGUGAACAUUAUGCUUGUGCGGGGGCAGCAGUACAAGUAUCGAGGGCACGUCGUUCACUUUCUCCGCGAGGUUGGCUUGGUGUACAACCAGCUCCCUCUCCUGCCGCGGGAGUUGAACACGGUGUUGCUGCGUCCUGCCAACACGUCGUCACACGCUAAUCUCAGCCGGCAAUUCACCCGCCAGUUCCGCGUGCGUCGCCAGGCGGUUAUGAUAUGGCUAGACUACCUGCGCCAUCAUCAUCCUGGCUAUCGAUCCAUCGCGAUCGACGACGAGCGACUGAGCCAACUGCCCGAGGACGGCAAUGUGGUGGACGCCAUCCCCCAAAGUCAGGUGGAGGCUGCCGAUGUGGGACCGGAGGAAGAUCAGGAGGCAGAGCCUGACCUAGAGGAUGCGGCUGCGGUGCCUGACCUGUUGGCCAAGGACACGGAGCUGGAUGCUCUGCGGUCUAUUCUCGCGGGUGAAUCCGAAGCGGAUGCGGGGCAACCCCUUGCCACAGGCUCUCCAGGGCAGGCGAGGCACGAGCUCCAGCUUCCCAACAUACGGCACACGCCGAUCAAUGAGUUCAAUCACUCUCAUGCCCUGCUCUCCUUGGCAUUCCCCUGCCUGUUUCCAGACGGCAGAGCCGACUUUGUGGAGCCUCGCUUGCGGUCCAUUGAGUACAAGGAUUACAUCGAGCACGCGAUGCGGUGGCACGACGGCCGUUUUGCGCGCCAUCCAACCUUCCGCUUUGUCGCAUUCAACACCCUGAUGCGGUCCCAAGCACGUGCGAGGUCCAAAUUCUUCGUGAAGCAACACGAUGGCACCCGUGAGCCGCUCACGCGAGAGCAGCUUAUUCAGGCGCUCGAACACGCUGAGGAUCCACGGGCGCAGGCGCUGAUCAACUCGAUCACAAGAAAGAGGCAGGACCUCGAGGCGUAUGCCUACAAACCUCACAUUGCUGCUUUCCACUUUCACCGCCGAUACUGUCUCUUUCGGGAUAUCGUGUUGAGAACGAAGUUUAACGUGACGGAUUACUGGGGCCGGUAUGAAUGGCAAGGGCGUGGGAGUCCACACAACCACGGUCUGUACUGGAUGGAGAAUGGCCCGGUAGCCGACAUGAGGGAUGAAACCGCUCGCGACCAUUUUGCACGCACGUGGGGAUUCCACAUCACUGCCAUUAACCCGGAGCCGAACAGGACAAUGCCCCAGGGUGAAGGGAAUCCCCUGAGUGUGGAUCCGCUGGGCGUAGAGAUGACAUUCCUGCGGCUCUCGCAAAUCGUCAACCGCUGCCAGCGCCACAGAUGCAAUACCGCCCUCAUGAACCACUUCAAUCCUGCCAUCAUUCUGGGCUGGCUGGCCAAUAUCGACAUAUCGCCCUGCACCAGCUUACAGGCAGUCAUUACGUAUGCUGCCAAGUAUUGCAGCAAAUCGGAGAAGAAGACGGAGCCUUACUGCAAGCUCGCAGAUCAGGUUUUGCCGCAUACAGCACACCACCAGCCCCUGUUGUCCUUCUCCUCUCGCCUUAUGAAUAAGUUGAUUGCCGAGAGAUUAUUCAGCGCAGGAAAUUUCCCACUUGCUGCUCAACAUCCUCUGCAGGAAGGCACUCGGAUGGUUGUGUACGUCGACUGCCGUCCGUUGGAGCAGCAUGUGCGGUCGUUCCGCGUCGACGAGGAUUCCUACAAUCUCAAGACGUGGAGGAGACUCGGUGCGAACGCGAAGAAGAGGUUGAUGAUGGCCCAUCCGCAUCGCUCUCCGGAGGAGCUGCUUGCUGUGGACGGGCAGCCGUUUGAGUCCUUUGCGGCGGCGUACCAGUGCUGCCGGCAGCGACACCAUUUCCAUGAGGACGACCAUUACGGCGAGGUGGGAGCAAAUGAGCUGCAGGCAGAGGACGAUGAGUUUCAGCGGGAGGAGCACGAAGAGCCUGUCGUGGAGGAAGAUUGGCAUGAACUCGCCCGUAUGCUGCCAGACCAUCCGCUGGAGGAGGAGGAUAUCGACGUGCUGGGCCGGCGAGAUGUCGACGGCGACUUCUGGAAGCAACGCAAAGCCGAAAACCCCUUCACCUUGAUGUGGAUCAUCAGCCGCUGGAGUUGUUACUCCAUGUGGACGGCGGCGAUAUCGGGCACUACCUUGCACUCCCUGCUGCACCUCCCCAUCAACAAGGACUUCAAGCCCCUGUCAGCGAUCGACAAAGCUCAGCUCCAGAAGAAGCUAAAGGAUGUCAAGUACCUGAUCGUCGAUGAGAAGAGCAUGCUGAAGCCUCUUUAUUACGACAAGGAGGUGCAGGGGGUAGAGAUCAAGGGCAGGAACGCAUAUCGGCGCUUCGACAAGACGGUUUUCUUGAAGGUUGCCCAGCGUCAGCGCGGCGACGAUCAGGCAGCGUUUCGCUCAGCUCUUGAGGAAUUGCGGCUGCUCCAACUCUCUAUGGAGUCCUGGAAGCUCCUCUCCAGCCGUGUUCAGGCGAAGCUGGACGAUCAGGAGGUUGCCAAGUUCGUCAAUUCCCUACGAGUAUACGCCACGAAAGACAGGGUCAUGGCUAAGAACGUUGGCCCCGGUGCUGCUGCUGCUCCUGACGACAAGCCGGUUGGCCUCUGCAACGGUGCACGUGACCCUCCCUGCGUGAUCAUGAUGGAGUUUGACAAGUACCGGGACUUCCUCGUCGGAGCCACACUCUGCACUCGUACGCAGUUUCCCCUGAUCGUGUGCUACGCCAUUACAGUUCACAAGUCGCAGAGCAUCACCGAAGACAUGAUCGUGACGGAUCUGUCGUGCCGUGACUUUCAGACCGGUUUGAGCUACGUGGCCGUCUCGCGUGUGAAAACGCUGCAGGGUCUGAUGCUGGAUGCCCCGUUUGACCGCAAUCACCUGACUUAUGCGUCGCCGCCGGAAGGAAUUAAGAUGAAAAUGAAGGAUCAACAACUUCGCAAACGACAGGUUCUUACCCAGAAUCCGUAUAAGAUAGGCGACGGGUCUACGUAA